AUGGCAUGGGGAGCGGGCCUGUCAUGGCUCAACGACAAUGACCUGCGGCGAAUUGAAGCAAGGAACGACGGUUUUGGCACUGGGCUGACAGGGCACAUCUCGGACCCAACUCCCAAGACCGAAUCAGGGCCAGAUGACGAUCAUAACUCCCGCGCACCUUCACUCACGCAUAGUGAUGGCAUCGACGCCGAAGAAGACGAUGACGGCGAGGGCCGCUUCUUCGGUGGCGGCGUAUCGAGGCAGGAAACCGAAAUCAUGGACUAUGUUGCUGCUCGUGGGGACGACAUCCCGAUUCCAGAAAAAAUAGACAACACUUGGCUUCGGAAGACGGCUCUGAGCUUCGAAAGACACAUCAACAAAAACGCUGAACUGCGGGCGAAAUUUGAGAACGACCCUCAAAAAUUCAUUGCGAGCGAAGCCGACCUCGACGCAGCCAUCAAGGACUUGUCGAUAUUGUCAGACUACCCCAGUCUUUGGCCGGAGCUAGUGCGCCUCGGCUGCGUGGGCAGUCUUGUUGGGCUGUUGGCGCAUGACAACACCGACAUUGCGAUUGACGCAGUAGAGAUUAUUGGAGAGCUGACUGACGAGGACGUGGCGGCCACUGAUGACCAUUGGAACACACUGGUUGAUUCCAUGCUCGAGGCAGAUCUGGUUGACCUACUUGUCUCGAACCUGACACGCCUCAAUGAGAAUGAUGAGGCUGACCGCAGUGGUGUCUACCACGCGUUGUCUGUCGUCGAGAAUAUUCUUUCACGGCGAUCUAUUGCUGAACGGGUUGGUCAGAGUGACCUCUUGGUGAAUUGGCUCUUGGCAAGGAUCCAGCUGAAAGAGGCGAUCGUGUCGCAGAACAAGCAGUAUUGUGCUGAAAUACUCGCCAUCAUUGCGCAAACAUCAUCUCAAACACGUGCCAAGCUCACCUCUCUCGGCACUGUCGACGCCGCGUUACAAUUGGUGGCAGCCUACAGGAAGCGCGAUCCUGAGAGGGGCAGCGAGGCAGAGUACAUGCAGAAUCUCUUUGAAACUCUAACAUGUUUAGUCGAUGAGCCCGAAGGCAAAAUUAAACUGCUCGAAGCCGAGGGCAUAGAGUUAUGUUUGAUCAUGCUAAGGGAAGGAAAGGCGAGCAAAAUGCCAGCUUUGCGCCUACUCGACCACAGCACGGCCGGGAUGGCCGGCGGCGAAACUUGUCAGAGGCUGGUUGAGGCUGGUGGGUUAAAGAAUAUAUUCACCAUAUUCAUGAAACGACAAGACGGCCCGACUGUGGAGCAUCUGGUUAAUAUCUUUGCAUCCUUGCUGCGACUUCUACCUCUGAAUUCAGCAGAGCGAAUACGUACCCUGGCCAAAUUUGUCGAGAAAGGAUACGAAAAGACCGAGAGAUUGGUGACAGUCCGGAAAGACCUUGCCUCUAGGCUCAAGAUUGUUGAGCAGCGUAUACAAGCCGAGCAAGAUGAGUUUGAUGAGGGUGCCGGGGCUGAGGCGGCGGAUGAGUGGCUGUCUUGGAGACUGGAAGGUGGCCUCUUUGGUCUGCAGGCAGUGGACAUCGUGCUGGCAUGGCUCGUUGCAGAAGACAGCGGCGCACGUGCUACCAUUGAGAGGCUGUUUGCCGACCAGGGUGAAAAUUUGGAAGUCCUUCGCAAGUCCCUGAAGGGACAGCUCGACGACCUUGGCGAUGAAGUGGACAGAACCAGCGAUAAGAAAGACAUGUUGGGUGCGCUUCUCCAUUUUGUGUAG